AUGCCAAAGACCUACGAAAUUGGAGGAAACAUCCUGCAGAAAAAAAGGCCAUCACAAAACUCAAAUUCAAUUCGACCUGAAAGCUCAAACUCAAGCUUCUGUAGUCCCAGUACUCUCAAGAAACACGGCCCCCGGUUGUUGGAAGACUUCAACCCCCUCAGGGUCUUGGGCCGCGGGGCAUACGGGAAAGUACUGCUGGUCAAAGACUCCCACACUGGUCGCCUUUACGCCAUGAAGCAACUUAAAAAAGCUGAAAUCCUAAUUCACCAGGAACCUGACAUUUCCAUAUCUCCAGAGAAAGCCCUAGAGAAGCGUUUAGAGCGGACGUUCGCUGAGAGAACCAUUUUAUCUGAACUGGAGCAUCCAAAUAUUGUAAAGCGAUAUUUAGUAUUGCUCCGAUCUGGGUUAAUUUAG